CAACCCGUGUUGUGUGAUUUUUGACUUUGUCCACCCCAGUGCAAGACAGGCACCUUCACAUCAAAGACCACGGAAGUAUUGUGGUCAAAGAUCUUAAAACUGAACUCAACUUAUUAACUUUGCUCCAUAUCCUUUGGUAUCCUACCUAUUCAAAACAUUUAUGAAUCUGACCCUAGAAAGUUCCAAGUAUUCUAAUAAGCCUUCUCGUGGAAAAUGACCCUGCUUACUCCUUUCAUUACUGCAGUAAUAGUAACUAAAAACUCCCUCGAUUUCAUUAAGUCUGAACAUCGGAAGUUUCAGGUUCCCAGAAACUCUGAACUGCGGGGUUUGACUUAAUUUAUUUGUCCUACUUCUCCAAAGUUGCACAGAAUCCGUCAACCUUGAGUGCGCAUGAGGAUUUGUUACAAUUAAACCAAAAAGUUACUGGAAGAUCUCAACACACGUGGAGAGCACGCGGAACUCACGUUAUAAACCUUGCUCGGAAAUGUGUUAAUGUUUCAGAUGGUCUGACGGCACAGUUGGUCACGUGGCCGUCUGCCCGUGAGCCAGUGACAUCAUCGGACCAGAUGCGCAUGCGUAUCACCGAACACCCGAACAUUCGCCGCGUGACAGUUAGUGCUGGAAAACUCAAGCACCAGUCAUUUCUGUAGUAAUGUGUGUAUGUAUAUAUAGAUACAUGAGACCAUAGUCAAACAGCUAGUUCAACUGCAAACCUCGGGCUGCAUGCUGAACUUCCAAUUUCGAACAUCGGAAGUUUCAGGUUCCCAGAAACUCUGAAGUGCAAAUUGAAUAGUGUUUAUUUAUAUCGUAUCCUCAUAUGGAGAAUUUCCUGGGCUGCUCAUCUGUAAUAGGAAAGAUGCAUUCUUCAAGGACUAAAAGGACUGUAAAAGCUGCCACCGUGAUUGGAGCUUCGCCAUCUCAACCAAAGACCAGUGCUGAGAUCAUUAGUGAGGCCCGUUCAUCAUUGAGAAGUUUAAAGACUCAAAGACCAUUUACCCCUAAAGAUGAUCAGAGGAAGCUUUUUGGGUCUGCGUCUUCCCGUACACCUGAUAAUAGGCCUCCCUCUGCAUUCAGUCUCCAUGCUCGAAGCUUUGAAGGUAGCGACUCAAGACCCAUAUCAGGAGCACGUCUCACCCCUCUUGAUCAUAAACCAAAAAUUCCUACCUCUCCACCCAAAGAUGAAGGAUCUCCCAUUCCAAAGCCCCCACUGGACCCAGUAGAGGUUAAGAGAGUCAGCAAUGCUCGUGCACGAUUAUUUAAAGUUGCUUCUCAAGGAAAUCUUCUGCCUGACAAAGAAAUUCAUUCUGAAGGAACUGUAAGGAGAUUAAAUUCAGAUUCCUGUCUCAACAUUGAAGACUUCUCACAUGAUACUGAUGAAUCUGCCUUAUUGCAGUUUAAUGUGAAAAUCUUAGCAAAUAAGAGCACAGAAUGUGCUGAAGAGACGAUGAUCCUGCCUACUGGCAUAAGGGAACAUGUGGGCUCACUGUCAACACAGACUAGUCUUGGCAGCAAACAAGUAAUACAAGAGAGUAGACCUUCUGCCUAUCCUGGGAACACUGAACUCAACAAAGAACAGAACAGAACAGGGUCAAAUGGUGAUUCAAGGACAUACGAAGAUGAAACUGAGGAAGAAAUUCUGUACUGGAAUACAAAGAUCCAGCCUCUUCUUGAUGAAAUUAAGCCUUUAAACAACGGUAACGAUGUAGAACAUCUCUGCAAAGUAUGUUCGAGUCUCUAUUGUACACUGCAGGAGGGGAACAUGCUGGGGAAAAUAUGUAAAAGAAGAGCUGUUCUUUUAAAAACACUGUAUAGACUGGUGGAUGUUGGCUCAGAUCAGCUCUCCAUUCAGCUGGCUAAAAUUAUACUGGCGGUCACUGCUACUCUGAGAAACUUGGCCGAUCUGCCCCAGUCCCGAUCCAGGUUCCUAAGCACUGGAGCACUAUUGGAACUCUGUGUGGUACUGGAACAGCAUCUAAAUGAUAAAGAUGUCUGUACAAACGUAGCCAGAAUAUUCAGCAAACUUUCAGCCUACAAUGACUGUUGUCUUGCAUUGUCAGAAUGCACUAGCUGCUACCAAUUAUUUUUGGAUAUCCUCCACAGACACCAAAGGAAGCAGGAUUUAGUGGUCCGUGUGGUUUUUAUUUUGGGAAACAUGACUGCAAAGAACAAUAAAGCAAGAGAGGAACUUUACAAACAGAAGCACAGUGUCGAGACUUUACUAACUCUAUUUCAAACGUACCACGAACUAGAUGUUAAAGUAAAAAUCACCCCAGCAAAGGCACAGAACAAGAAUGAAAUAGAUGGAUCCAAGAACCAGAGACUCUCUGAGGUAGAAGAUAUCCUAGUAAAGCUGAUAAGAGUGAUUGCUAAUUUAUCCAUAAGCACUGAAGUUGGCUCUGCAUUCUGUGGAAACCAGAAUUGUGUGGAUCUGCUUAUUAAAGUACUAGAAUGCAAAACAAUUGAGAAGUGUGAAGAACUGAUGAUGAAUGCUGCAGCAACGAUCAACAACCUGUCGUAUUACCAAGUGAAGAACUCUGCUGUCAAAGCUAGGCAGCUGCACAUAGCUGAAUUGUUGAUGAAGCUUUUAUUGUGUAACAAUAUGGAUGCAAUACUGGAAGCUGCCCGGGUCUUUGGAAAUCUCUCUCGGUCUAAGGAGGUCCGUAACUUCAUUGUACAGAACAAUGUCGAUAAAUUUAUGAUCACAUUAUUGGAUGCCAAACACCAGGACGUCUGUUUUGCUGCUUGUGGAGUGCUUAUAAAUCUGACAGUUGAUAAAAACAAACGGCCCAUAUUGAAACAGGAUGGAGGGUUAAAAAAGUUAAUUGACUGUUUGAGAGACUUCGGGCCUACCGAUUGGCAAUUGGCCAGCCUGGUCUGCAAAACCCUUUGGAACUAUAGUGAAAAAAUAACCAGUACUGUGUUGUGCUUUGGAGAAAAUGAAACUGACGAACUUCUGGAACUCCUUCCAGCAUAUUUAAAUGAAGAAAUUGCAUUAGAUGUUGCCAUCAAUGGUUCAGAUGAAGGACUGCUGGAACAGCACAAAAUGUGCUGGGAAUCUGAAUUUGUACCGGUGGCUCAACAAUUACUGUGUAGGAUUCAGCAUCACCACAGGCACCCAGAAGCUUUACCAUCUUCGUCACUGCAGAACUGCUUCCCUUCAAAAGGUUUACUCUAAUAUUCUAUUGCCAAGGAAAACAAAACUCGACAUGUUUUUUGAUUUGCUUGAUCUAACAUACUGAAUAUUGAUUUCUUAAAUAGUAAUAUAUAACUACUGAAUGUCACAUCGCAAUAGCAUUUUGUUUUAGAUUUGGCUUCAUAGUUUAAUUUACUUUAUGAAAAUCAAAAUCCCUAGUGUCUUGAAAGUAUAUGAUAUGAACUUAAAAAAUUAUCCAACUUCAUGGACAUAUGGCAUUUUUCACAAUUAAGCAAUUGGUUUGUAGAGUCUGAUGUUUGGCCUUUGUGAAUGUUUUUCUUUGUAUUAAUGUACAGUGUAAGAUACAGCAAUGAUCUGAUCUAUUGAUAAUAAGUUUAGAAAAUUGUAAAUACAUUUUUGUACAUUAUGAAUAGUUUUAAUUUUGAGUUUAUUUAAAGUCUCUGUGACACUUUGAUUUAAUGCGAGUAUCAGAUUGUCUCUCACCAGUGAAGUAUAUGAACAGAAAAUAUAAUAAAUGGUUUGUAUUUAUGUCCCCAUGACAAGAGGUUCCCAGUGCUGUGUUUAAAAGUGACAUUGCAAGCCUUUAGUAGAGAAAUAUAGUAUCACAGAACUUGAAAGUACAGGAGGUCAUUCAUCCUAUGACAGUUCGCCAGCUCCCUGAAAAGCUACCCUUUCUAUAAUUAAAUUCUCUUACUUUCUUUUUCCAAAUUGCCUGGUUUCUGGGAAUUUCUAGUGAUUUCCUACAAUCCUAUGCGUGAAUAAAUUUCUUUUUCUUCACUGA